CCAUGGCAGUGUUUGAUCAUCUUCGGCUUGUUUCUCUGGCCGUGUUGAUGCUGGCGUCUCAGCUGGACUUCGCCAGUGCUGGUGUUCGGGUGUUUGGCUUACAUGCCAGGGACCUCAACGGUGACCCUGCUGGAAACAAACCUGAUCCAUACGUCAAGGUCUGGUGUGGCUCUACUUUUGGGGGACAGACAGAAUUUCACAAAGAUAAUGCUCAUCCUACAUGGUCUGCAGAGUUCUACUUCCCAAAUUGCAAAGCAACUGAAACCCUGAAGCUGGAGGUGUGGGACAAAGACCUGAAUUUUGAUGAUCACUUGGGCACAUGUAAUGAACAGGUGCAAUAUGGGUCUUUCGCUCUUCAUUGUUAUCCGAAAAAAGGCACAAUGUUUUACAAGUAUGAGUUGUCACAAUAAAUAAAGACAAACCUCUACUGUGACUAGUCUGGUAAUAAAAAUCUAAACUCUG